GAAAACACAGUUUUCUUCGAAUAAAGCAAAUACCAGUUCGGGUAGCUCUCCUGGAGAGGAGCUGAGAUCUCACCAGUUCUGCAAGAGAAGUUGACUUGCCUAUACUCCAUAGCCUCUGAUGUGAACAUGGCUGGUGCCAAGGACAAUGCUCUGAGGAUCAUGCUGGUCAGGACUAUGAGAAGUGGAAAAAGUGCGACUGCAAACACCAUCCUCGGGGACCAAGUAUUUGGCUCAAAGAUUGCUGCCCAAUUUGUUACCAAAAGCUGUCAGGAAGUGUCGCAGAAAUGGAAAGGGAGAGACCUUCUCAUUAUUGAUACCCCAGGGCUCUUUGACACAAACGAGAGCCAGAACACCAUCUUAAGUGAAAUAAAAGAAUAUCUCUUUACCUCCCACCGUGGACUCCAUGCAAUCAUCUUGGUCACACAGCUGGGUGGCUACACACAGGAAGAACAGCAAACCCUGGCAUUGAUCAAAAAUCUGUUUGGGGAAGCAGCCAUGAAGUACAUGAUCAUCUUGUUCACUCACAAAGAGGAACAGGAGGACAAGAGUCUGAGGGACUAUGUAAGGGAGGGGGAAAAGCUACAAAGCCUCAUGAAGGAGUGUGGAGACCGAUACUGUGUCUUCAGUAACAGGACAGACCAGGCUGAGAAGGAAGCUCAGGUGCAGGAGCUGCUGGAGCUGAUAGACAAGAUGGUGCAGAACAACCGAGGGGCUUACUUUCCCAACGCUGCACACAAGGGCACAGAGCUGACUUGCCAACCUUCCAGAGCUGAUGCCCAGGACAAUGCUCUGAGGAUCGUGCUGGUAGGGAGUACCGGAAAUGGGAAAAGUGCGACUGCAAACACUAUCCUUGGGGGAAAAGUAUUCGACUCUAGGAUUGCUCCAGCAGCUGUUACCAAAACUUGCCAGAAAGCAUCCCGGAAAUGGAAGGGGAGAGACCUUCUCGUUGUUGACACUCCAGGGUUCUUUGACACCGAGAGAACCCAGGACAAAACCUGCAAGGAAAUCAGCCAAUGUGUUCUCGCCUCCUGUCCUGGGCCUCACGCCUUCAUCUUGGUCCUGAGGCUGGGCCGCUACACACAGGAAGAGCAGCAAACCGUGGCGUUGGUCAAGAAUCUGUUUGGGAAAGCAGCCAUGAAGUACAUGAUCAUCUUAUUCACUCGCAGAGAUGAACUGGGGGACCAGAGCCUGAGCGACUUUUUGAAGCAUGCAGAUGUAAACCUACGCAGCCUCCUCCAGGAGUGUGGAGACCGCCGCUAUGCCAUCAGUAACAGCAGAAACGCAGAGCAGGCUGAGAAGGAAGCUCAGGUGCAGGAGCUGCUGGAGCUGAUAGACAAGAUGGUGCAGAACAACCGAGGGGCUUACUUUCCCAAUGCUGCACACAAGGGCACAGAGCUGACUUGCCCACACUGUAUAGCUAAUGCCCAGUACAAAACUCUGAGGAUCGUGCUGGUCGGGAAGACCGGAAGUGGGAAAAGUGCGACUGCAAACACCAUCCUCGGGGAAAAAGUAUUCGAGUCUAAGAUUGCUGCCCACGCUGUUACCAAAACUUGUCAGAAAGCAUGCCGGGAAUGGAAGGGGAGAGAGCUUCUCGUUGUUGACACCCCAGGGCUCUUCGACACCAAGGAGAGCCUGAACACCACCUGCAGGGAAAUCAGCCGAUGUGUCCUCGCCUCCUGUCCUGGGCCUCACGCCAUCGUCUUGGUCCUGAGGCUGGGCCGCUACACACAGGAAGAGCAGCAAACCGUGGCGUUGGUCAAGGCUUUGUUUGGGGAAGCAGCCAUGAACUAUAUGAUCAUCUUGUUCACUCGAAAAGAGGAGCUGGAGGAUCAGAGCCUAAGAGACUUUUUGGAGAGUGCGGAUGGAAACCUACGAAGCCUCAUCCAGGAGUGUGGAGACCGCUACUGUGCCUUCGAUAACAGCAGGCACACACAGGAGGCUGAGAAGGAAGCUCAGGUGCAGGAGCUGGUGGAGCUGAUCGAGAACACGGUGCAGGACAACCAAGGGGCUUACUUUUCUGAUGACAUAUACAAGAACACGGAGGAAAGGCUGAGGAGGCGGGAAGAAGUCUUGAAGAAAAUCUAUGAUGAUCAGUUAAAAAUGGAUAUCCAAAAAGUGGAAAUAGAGAGUGCUCAGGCAUGCAAGAAGAUGAUGCAGGAAAAAGAGAGAUUAAUUAAGUUACUAGAGAUGGAAUAUGAAGAAAAACUAAGACACGCUAGGGAGGAGGCUCAAAACAGUAUCUUCAAUGGAAAUAUGAGUUUUCCUUCAAGAAUAUUUCGUUGGUUUAAGAAGUAACUAUUUUCUCACAGUUUACUAUGGUUAGCAAAGCAUCUUUCCAGCUCACUCCCUACCCUCUCCAUGUCUGCCUCCCCACCAACAGACAUCAGCUAAUUUAAGAAAUUACAAAAUUGCCAAGUUUGAGUGCUAGCUCAUUAGACAUGGUAAAGAUGCAAAUGAACGGGAUUUCAAGGCUGAAAUGCAUCCUGCAUUGAGCAUUAGCACUACCUGUGAAACACAUUACACAGGCCUCUUGUGAACACUGUGUAACUGUCAGCAAAGCUUCCAGUCCUCCCAGCAGCAUUGUUCUCUGGUCUGUGAGAGAUGAGAUAAUAAACCUUUGUUGUUUUUAGCCACUAAACUCUGGGGUAAUUUGUUACACAGCAGUAGAUAACUAGUACAAGAUGCAUGUUAAUACAUAUAUAUAAAAUAUUUCUUUAAAUACUGGCCACUUGGUGCUGGGGAAGGGAACUUCAGAUUCUGGGAAUCAGGAGUGGAAGGAAACUUACUUUUUACUAUAAAUUCUUUGAUCUAUUUCAGCAUAUUGUUUAUUCAACAAAUGAACAAAGAGAUAAAUAAUAACAUUUGUAAUAUUCUCCAACAAACAAUAAAUCCAAAGGGUCAUUUCAAAAACAAUUGUCUUAUUUGUCUCUGCUUUCCUUUUCUAGGGCUGGCUUAAAGUUCUUCUGCCUAUAAAUUCAGAUCGCUCUGUGCCAGAAAUGUUCCGUUUCCCCCAGCAGAUCCACUCUCUUCCCUUUGUGGUCCUUCGGCCCUGCCAGGGACCACAUGCUGGGGUGCAAUGUUCUCUGACUCUCAGACACCACCAGUGAGGAGGCCAACAGAGGAUCCGUGGGAGCCAGAGAAUUAGAUGAGGACAUCUGUCUUCUGGAUCCCUCUCUGCCCAGUCCUAUCUGACCAGCUGUCACCUCCAACCAAAGGUCCAGCCACAGGCCCUGGGGGCUCUCAGGUCUGACCAGUAAAGUACACCUGUGUAGGAGUCCUGUCCUGCCUGUAGUGUGUCUAAAACGAAACUUUUGACUGUUUCCAGAGAUCACAGUUUGACCCAAGAAUGAUUUUUAAUUUUCAAAAAUGCCCAAUCUGGUGAUUAGGGUAAAUGGUAAAGUUGUAAGAGGUAGUCAUAAAAUAAAGAGACUAAUUCUCUUUUAGGAUCCUUAAGUCUAAAGUCAGUGCUUCUGGAAAGGUUUCACUUGUGUUGUGAGAUGUGGAAAGAGGGUUAGAAUAUGUGCCUUAGCUUGAAGCGGGGCAAAUUUGAGUGAUGGCAAUAAUUUGACAAAACAAAACAAAGCUUUGUUAAAAUAAAGUAAUUGUUGAGAAUGUA